CCGGCCCGCGGCCCUCCUCCGCAGGAAGCAGGAAGAAAGAAGCGGAGCGCGGACUGUAACGGACUCGGUUCAUUCCGACUAUGGACGUCGGGUCGGUGACAGGUCUCCGCGUCUGGCUGCUGCCGCCGCUGCUGCUGCCGCUGCUGAGGCACAGUGUCCGGGCCGCCGACACCCGGGACACCCGCGUCUCAAUGGACGAUGACUUCCUGCUGCCAUACGCCCACGGCCACGGCCCCUCCCACUCUCACCGCCAUGUUCGAGACUGUCAGCCCAUCUUUCAUGGAAGCACCACCCACGAGAGCCGGCCCUCCAGUAACCACAGCGGGCUACCUUUCGUCGAAUCCAAAGUUUUUGUGACUGAUGUGCCGGGAAGCUCCAGAUUCGCUUACGGUCACAUGACGGUGGUCCAGGACCCGCUGAGGACGGUGUCCGUGUUGGAGCCGGUAGGGCCGGGCGGCUGCUGGUUGAAUCAGAGGUCCUCGGUGGAGGAGAUGGCCAAAGCUGCUGGGUGUCUGUACGCCCUGAACGCCGGCUUCUUCAACCCAGACACAGGAAAGUGUCUGGGCAAUCUGGUGAGCGAUGGCAAGAGGGUGCUGGACAGCGGCGGCGUGCAGAACGCCCAGUUUGGAAUUAGGAGGGACGGCACCCUCGUGUUCGGGUAUCUGUCGCAGGGAGACGUGAAUGACCCCUUCAACCCGUUCGUCCAGCUGGUCAGCGGCGUGGUGUGGCUGCUGAGGAACGGUGAAGUCUACAUCAACCAGAGCCUGGAGGCCGAGUGUGACGCCACACAGACGACGGGGCAAUUCCGCAAUUUUGUGGAUGUGGUGUCGGCCAGGUCGGUGGUGGGUCACGACGCCGAGGGCCGACUCGUCCUCUUCCACAUCGAGGGAAUGACUGGAGUCAGAGGGAUGAGUCUCUGGGAGGUGGCUGCGUUCCUGAAGAAGAACGGAGUGAUCAAUGCCAUUAACUUGGAUGGAGGCGGGUCGUCCACCUUCGUGGUUAACGGCUCACUGACCACCUACCCCAGUGAUCACUGCAAACUGGACAACAGGUGGCGCUGUAGCCGGGAAGUCUCCUCUAUCCUGUGUGUUCACCCGCGGCGCUGUGAGUCACAGGACUGCAGCGGACACGGUGACUGUGUGGACGGACGCUGUGUGUGUCAGCCGGGCUGGAAGGGCAUCGCCUGUCACGCUCUGGUGUGUGAGCCGCCAGCCUGCGGCGCCCGUGGGCUCUGCACUGCCAAUGGCUGCGUCUGUGAUGCAGGAUGGAGCGGGACCAACUGCAGCCAAGAGUGCCUCCCAGGUUUCUACGGUGACGGCUGCCGUCAGACCUGCGACUGUGCUAACGGCAGCUCCUGCGACCCCGUCCACGGACACUGCACCUGCCCCCCCGGUUUUCAGGGCAACACCUGUGAACAAGUGUGUCCUCUGGGGUUCUUCGGUCUGUCCUGCGCUCAGGAGUGUCACUGUGACAACCAGUGUCCUUGUGACCCACAGACAGGAAGCUGCAACGCCACGCUGCCACUUGUGACCACCGACACCUUACACAGAGCUGGCGUCUGUCUAGCCAAACAGAUCACGUCUCGGAGACAAGAGGAUGAAGCUCACCACAGAGCACAGCAGCCUUAUCUAACUGAGCCAACAUGGCUGAUCAUCAACCUCACCUUGGCCACUCUGCUGUCGGCCAGCCUGCUCGUUCACCUGGUGCAAGCCUGUCGCGGCUCGGAUCCAAACCAGCGCGCUCGCUACUCCUACGUCCCGCUGACCAACAUCAACGACUCAGGCCUAACAUGAGUGAGGACCUCUUUCCUCUGCUCACAGCAAUUUCCCCUCUUUCUGGAAGGAAGUGGAGGCUGUAGGGAGGUCACAUGUUUUGUUACAUCCUUCAUACUCCGAUGAUAUUGAAGUUCCUCUCUAGUGUUUUAAAUUGAAGUGCGGGUGGUCAGGGGUUCGCUCAGCAGUUGUGUUCACAGACGAUGAGGACAGGAGCUCAGAGCGAUGAACUGUGAUCUCUGAGCAGGCGCCUGCAUCGACAUCACAGGCUCUUUGAGGUUUCUCAGGCUUUUCUGGAGGGGGCGGGGCUUAUGAGUUACACUGCAGAAAGUCGCCAGGGGGCAAAUCAGAUGUUUCAUCUACUGACCAUGUAAAAGGAUCAGUCGUCAUUUUAACAGGUUUAAUGUGGUUUUUUUUAAAAGCUGCCUUACUGAAAACACAAACGUGGAAAAGUGGAAAUAGAUUUUUACGUUAUUUUCCUAUGCACUGAACUUGAAUGUCUGAAUGUCAAAUAUCUGAGGUCAAUCAAAAGGAGGUGAAUCAGGUGAGAUGAAGAAAUGAAGAAGCACAGAAUGUUUGCUCAGAUUACGUGAAAAAGUUUUGUAUUUUCUACGCACCACUUACCAGUUACAUUCCUCUCAUGGACUUUUUCUCAAAGAAACUUUGCUGUCGUAGUAUUUAAGGAUCUGUUCUCAAAUGUUUUUUAAUCUCAGGUUGUUGCCAAUAAAAGGGUAAAGGUUUAAAAA